AUCAAGAAUAUUCAAAGACCAUCGGGUCACACUAGCUAAGAUCAAAGAGCCGACGGUUGCAAUAGUGUUAUAUAAUAAAACCGCCUGAAAUUUGCCUAUUCCCAUUCCCUAAACCCUCCUAUUUUUCUCUCCUAAACCCUCCCAUUUUUUCCCUAUAAAAAACCCUGAUUUUUUUUCUCUUAUAUUUUACAACUUCAAAUUUUUAUGUAUUGAUCGAUCCAAAAUAUUCUUUCUCAACAAGCUCUCUCAUUGUUAAUUGAGUGGUUGUUCAAGAAAAGUGAAUGUCUUCUUGUUGACAACAACAACGAUUGAUAAUGGCUUCUAGAGUGAUUUUAAGAAGGAAGAGAUUUAUUUCCGAUUACUUGAAUGGCUCAUCACACUCAGUCCAGAUCUUUCAGUGUCUUGGUUAUUCUACUCAAAAGUUGGAAUCACGUAGUUAUAGAUCCAAUGUGGCCCAUCCAUCUGAAGAUUUUAAUCAUGUAAAGAAACUGGAUGUAAAUUCUCUUUCCAAAAAGGAUUUACGGGGUUUUUCAGGAUUAGGAUACUUUAGUUAUAGAUGUCAAUUUUUGGGUCUUGGAAGUGCAAAAUUUCAAUUCAAUUCUCCAUUGAGUGUCAGAUUGAUGUCCUAUUCUGUUCGUUAUUCUUCGACUGCUACUGCUAAACAACCUGAAUCAAGUAGUGAUGAUGAGGAAAAUGAAGAAUUGGUUGCUACAAAGAGAAAGGAAGCAUCUGCAGAAGAAUGUGAUCAGGCUGUUGAAGGUUUGAGUACUGCUAAAGCAAAAGUGAAGGCUAAACGAUUGCAAGAUUCUCAGAAGGUUGUCAAAUCCAUUUUGCAAAGAAUCUGGGUCACAAUUCUUGGAAUUGGUCCUGCUUUAAAAGCUGUAGCUUCUAUGAGCAGGGAGGAUUGGGCAAGGAAACUUGUUCAUUGGAAACACGAAAUCCAGUCAACUUUGCAACACUAUUGGUUGGGUUUUAAGCUACUUUGGGCUGAUGUGAGGAUUAGCUCACGAUUGCUUCUAAAGCUAUCUGGUGGUAGAAGUUUAUCUAGAAGGGAGAGGCAACAGCUGACUCGAACUACCGCUGAUAUCUUUAGGCUAGUUCCGUUUGCAGUUUUUAUCAUAGUUCCGUUCAUGGAAUUUCUUCUGCCUGUUUUUUUGAAACUGUUCCCUAACAUGUUGCCAUCUACUUUUCAAGACAAGAUGAAAGAGCAGGAAGCACUGAAAAGGAAGCUCCAUGCAAGAAUAGAAUAUGCGAAGUUUCUUCAAGAUACAGUCAAAGAAAUGGCAAAGGAGGUUAAAAAUUCAAGGAGUGGAGAAAUUAGGCAGACUGCCGAAGAUCUUGAUGAAUUUUUGAAUAGGGUCAGAAGGGGUUAUGGUGUCUCGAAUGAGGAGAUUCUUGGCUUUGCCAAGCUGUUUAAUGAUGAACUCACUCUGGAUAAUAUCAGCAGGAUUAAGAAUGAUGACAAGCUGAUUCAAGCAGAGGGCGUGGAGUCCCUAUCAGAAGCUGAACUUCGUGAAGAUUGUAGGGAGCGAGGCAUGCUUGGAGUGCUCUCAGUAGAAGAAAUGCGUCAACAGCUUCGGGAUUGGCUAGAUUUGUCUCUUAAUCACUCAGUCCCAUCUUCCCUUUUGAUCCUUUCUAGGGCCUUCACUGUAUCAGGAAAGCUGAAGCCAGAAGAUGCUGUUCGUGCUACCCUUUCUUCUCUACCUGAUGAAGUUGUGGAUACUGUUGGUGUUACAACUUUACCAUCUGAAGAUUCUGUUUCAGAAAGGAGAAGGAAGCUGGAGUACCUUGAGAUGCAGGAAGAACUGAUCAAGGAGGAGGAAGAGAAAGAAGAAGAACUGGAAAGGAUGAAGGAAUCUAAAGCUAGUGAUGAGGAUGUUGCAUUGAAAGAGAUGACUAUCCCAACAGCUAGAGAAGCACAAGAACAGGCUAUAGCAAGAGCAUUGGAAAAACAAGAGCAGCUCUGUGAAAUUAGUCGUGCAUUGGCUGUUUUAGCUUCAGCAUCUUCUGUAAGCAGAGAGCGUGAAGAGUUCCUAAGUCUUGUCAAUAAGGAGAUAGAACUUUAUAAUAGCAUGGUAGAGAAAGAAGGUGCAGAUGGUGAAAAGGAUGCCAUUAAGGCAUAUAGAGCGGCACGAGAAGAGAUUGACCAUUCUAGUGAAGUGUCUGAAAGUGAUGAGGUUUCUUCGGUGCUUAUUGAAAAAGUUGAUGCUAUGCUCCAAAAUCUUGAGAAGGAAAUUGAUGAUGUAGACAUAAAAAUCGGUGAUCAUUGGCGAUUACUUGACAGAGAUUAUGAUGGGAAAGUCACUCCUGAGGAGGUAGCUGCUGCUGCUAUAUACUUGAAGGAUACACUGGGGAAGGAGGGUGUGCAAGAACUCAUCAGCAAUCUUUCCAAAGAUAGAGAUGGCAAAAUUCUCGUGGAAGACAUUGUGAAAUUGGGCAGUCGGACGGAAGAUGACAAUAGCGCCGAGGAGGGGAGACUUUAGAGAUUAUAUAUUCGAUGCUCAAUUCAGUUCCAAUGGUCAUUUUUUGUAGACCUUGGCUUUUAUUCAUGGUAUUACUGAUAAAAUGGAUGUUUUUGCUGAAUGCAGCAAAAAUUAAGGGUAAUAUAGUUAACAUAUAUAUUGAAAAACUAGAUUUGCAUAGAAGCCUUGUUGGUGUAGUAAUCAUCAAAAUAGUUAUUGUGCUUGGAUUUGGAAAUAAUACUGCUCUAUAUUGCAUAUUAUACGAUUUAAAUUGUUAAUUGUGUUUGCUAUGUUGUAUGCAAUGGUAUUUGAUUUAUUUUGCUCUAAUCUGAAUUCGAAAAUCAGUCAGGAUCAAAAUUUGACUGACUCGAAGUAGGAUUCAACAUUUUGAAAGGAGUGAAAAAAUUAAUAUGAAUCAAUUCAAAUUUAAAUUGAUUCAUACCAUUUUAAGAUAAUGUCUUUUUUUAUUUUUUUAAUAUACAUAGAUACUGAGUGAUGAAGCAACCAAUUGCCGUGUGAGCUAGAACAUCGAUCUUAUCGAGGACUCCCACAAAACUACCAACCCUUUUCUCUGACGUUUCUUCUAUGAACUUGCUAUGAAGCUUGUUCUUUUAUGUUUCUCAAUUACCCACAAGAAGCAUCUGUUGCCCUUUUCAGCCCCAAGG